AUGCUCAAGACCCCGAUUAGACGGUUCUCUGUCAUAUCCAAUGUGUUGAAUAAAAAUGAAUCAAAUAUCAAACCUGUUUUCAAAUCCCAUUAUCUGAAUGAAGGUGCUAAACACUUUGACAAAAAUUUUCCUAAGCAAGUAAAACGUAAACCUUGGGAUGAUGGAGAACAGACAAAGGACGAAUUCUAUAUGAAGAAAUAUGGUUCAAUAAGUGAAAAGGAGAGAGAGUUUUUAAAUCAGAAAGUUGAUAGACAAAGGAGGGCCAGAAAAGAAAGAAAGGAUGCAGAUAGGCAAUAUAGAAAGCAUGAAAAAGAAGAACGCUUUUCUCGAUUUGGAGGUAAUCGUGAUUUUAGACAAGCAUUCAAAAACCCCUUAAGUGAAUAUGUUUAUGGUACCUUCCCUGUAAUGGCCGCUUUAAUGGCAAAUAAAAGAGGCCUGUUCAAUAAAUUAAUAACGCAUAAUCCAAAAGAAUCAAGUGGAGAAAUUUUCAAGUUAGCAAAAAGAUAUGGUUUAAGAAUAGAUAGAAAGGAUAGCAAAAAUGACUUAAAUGUAUUGUCCGACAAUGGAGUACAUAAUGGAAUUGUAUUAGAAACAAAACCACUUGAGCUUCCAAUCAUAUCUACUUUGGGCGAAUGUGACCCAGAACUAGGAACUUACAAGGUCUCAAUAGUAAACGAUUUAUAUAACACCGAAGUGCAGAAACUGGAACCGGUUGUCCGUAACUUUUCAGAUGAAUCUAGCUCUAAAUACCCGUUAGGAAUCUAUCUCGAUGGUAUUACGGACCCACAAAAUAUAGGUGCUAUUGUUAGAUCGGCUUAUUAUUUGGGGGCGGAUUUCAUAGUGGUUCCAGAUCAUGAAACGGCAAGGUUAGGGCCUGUUGCAAAUAAAGCAUCUGCCGGUUCUCUUGAUUUAACUAGCAUUUACCAAACUGUUGAUAGUUUACGUUUCGUUGAAAGUGUCAAGAACAAUGGAUGGAACGUAAUCACCACCAGUGCUAAACCAAACCACGAUGAAUUGCACGAUUUAAAGCUGAAACAUGAAAAGGUAGAGGAACAUUUGAAGAAUAAAUUUAUCGAAGUCGACGAGUUAUCAUCCAUGAUGGCCCAGUCUCCGAUAUUGCUUAUCAUGGGAAGCGAAGGUGCGGGUGUAAGAACUAAUUUGAAACUAAAGUCUGAUUAUCUUGUUGGUUUGGACAAAGGUAGAAGACUCGGUGUCGACAUAGUUGAUUCGUUAAAUGUCAGUGUUGCAUGUGGUUUGUUGAUAAGCAAAUGCUUCGAAUAA